AAAAAAUUGAUGAGCUGUGAACACAUAACAUAUCGCGUAUAUCCGCAGUGCGCGUCAUGCACAUCGUGCGGUUGUGCAGGUGCAACGAGUAAACACUGGUGAAGAGUAUCACGAUUGUUGUCAUUGUCAUUGAGCGAGAGCCUAACAGUUGUUGGCCUAGCCCAUCCUCGUAUUCGCGGAGAGAGAUGAUCGUCGCUCGUAAGGAUCAUCGCGACGGGACGAGCGCGAUGACGAGCCGGAAGCUCAUCGCGGCGGGAAUGUGAGCGAGAAUACGCGCUUCGGCGAGAACGUCGCGUCCGCGCGUCGUCGACCUGGCCCAGUUGGAGAGGAAGAGACGCGCACACGGACGUCGCGUGGUCGUUGCUUUAUAUGCUGUACGCUUUACACGUUCGCGGGAAGCGACGGAUUCGUAGCGGCGAUGGCGGAUUUCGAUGCGAUCUACGAGGAGGAGGAGGAGGAAAACGAGCAAAAUUUGGAGGAGCACUACGUCGCGAUGGUGCCGGACCCGAUCGUAAUUCGCGGGGCUGGCAAUAUGACAGUAUUCGGUCUCAGUAAUCGUUUUGAAUCGGAGUUUCCUAAUGGCCUCAUAUCUCGAGUAGCACCAGAAGAAUUUAAGGCAACCGUUAUGAGAAUAAAUAGUGUACUGAAAAAGACUUUACCUGUUAAUGUUAAGUGGUUAUUCUGCGGUUGUGUAUGUUGCUGCUGUACCCUAGGAUGUUCUCUGUGGCCUGUCAUUUGCUUGAGUAAAAGGACCCAACACUCAUUAAACAAAUUGUUAGAAUGGGAAAACAGUAGACUUUACCAUAAACUGGGAUUACAUUGGAGAUUGGCAAAACAGAGAUGCGAUAGCUCUUCUAUGAUGGAAUAUGUUCUUCUAAUUGAAUUUAUUCCAAAGAUUCCAAUCUAUAAGCCCGACUAAGUAUAUAAACAAUAUAAAGUACAUUUAAAUUGUGCAAUUAAUGAUGCAUCAAUAUAAAUCUUGUGCAAUGCAACACUUACAUGCAGAGAAAUGCAGAGCAGAUAAAGUGCCGCUACAUGAUAACAGGUACUCUUUCUGGUACUUAUCCAAUGCAUAUUUUUGUAAAUACCAUGGGUAGAAAUGCACAGUACAAUAAUUCGACAUAAUAACGAAUUGAAAUUUAAAUUAUUGAAAGAAAAAAAACAGCUAUUUAAUCAUAAUUAAUUUAAAGCGAAGAAAUAUAUAUAAAAAUCUACUGAUUAUUUAUUUUAUAUUCUCUAUAUCAAAUUUUGAAAUUUUGUAAAUUAAAUCGCCAUCUUAGUUUUUUAUCAUUUUCUCUAUUACUAAAUAUUUUUCACACUGAAAAUACCGCUCGAUAAUUUAUUUGUCACUUUUUUUUAAUUGUGUCAACGUAAUAAUCUCAGAUAAUGCUUACUGAGUUCCUUGUAAUGUACAGAAAUCUGUACUCGUCAACUAGAAUUUAAGCAUUCAGGUGAGAAAUUAAUCUGAUUCAGUACAACGAACAUAUUAAAAUACAGAUAAUAAAGUGAAAAUGAAAAAAUCUCGCUAAUAAAUCUGUCUAAUUGUGCGUAAUACAACACAUGCAUGUUGUAAAUACGUACAUGUACAUAUAUAGAAACUUAUUUUAACUAUAAGUUAAUUUUUUUACCAUGGUGAUAUUAGAAAGUAUGAUAUGUAAAGCGCAGCUUUACUUUCUGAUACAAAUUUGACAAGAUAUUUUAACAUGAACGAAACAUCCGAAGUAAGAAAGCGUGCGUUGUUAUAAUGCAAUUAAGAUAAUUAAUGUAGAUAUCAAACUCGUUGAUAAAAAUAUAAAAUGUCGACGAUAAAAAAAAUUUUAGUUGGGAAACAUAGCAAUCUAAUAGUAGAGUAAACAGUACAAUUAUCAAAUAACACAAUUAUAGUCACGCUGAAGGACGUAGGAAAUAUCGUAGGAAAGAUUACCUUGAAGUUUAUUUGCUCUUGUUUCAUGAUUAAAAAAGCAAUGAACUUAUAUGUAUCGCCGUGAUUUUUGUCCAUGUGAUUAUAGGUCAAUAAUAAUAAAACUUGCUGCAAGGACAUUUCUGUCACAUAUAUCCUUUUUUUUAAGUUAAUGUUUAAAUUAUAUAUCUUAAGAAAAGUGAAAAAAUUUUCAUCAAUAAAUUUUAAUUUUGUAAGUAAUAAUAUAUCUCAAUUUAUAAAUGUCACUGCUAUCAUAAUACUGUUUACUUUAUUAUUGUUAAUGAUAUACUCUUACCUGUAUAAAACAGGGAUGGAAUAUCAGGAUGAUGUCUCCCAUGUAAAGCAUCAAGGAACUUGGUUAUGUAGAUACUAUUUUAUAUUACAGUUUAAUAUGGUUCCGCACAGAUAUUUCUCCAUUAACAACUUGUUUAACAUGUAAUAAUGCAGCUGUUAUCAGCUCUACGUUGGAUUUACGCUAACCGAUAAAAGGAGUAAAAUUACUCAUCACCAGGCGCCUGCAAAAGGAAAAAAGAUUGUAGGAAAGUAUGCAAAUGCAUGUAAAAAUAUUAUAAAAUGUUUCUGUUACUGUUCAGUGGCUGUGAUUGAGAACAAAAGACUAGUUUUGAAUUCAAAUGUGUAUUGCAAACAAUUACACAUAACGCCCGUGCUUUAUCUCAUGAAGUUCUCUACAUUAAAGCCUUUUACAGAAUAUCCAGAUUUACUCUGUUUCUCUAAUAUUUGUACUUAUCCUAUAGAAUAAUUAAGACAAAGUUAAAAGCGUUGCAUUAGUAGAGGCGUCCGUGUCAUGUAGAUUAAUAAAAAUGAUAUAUUGCCAUAUCUGAUUUCAAUCACAAAUCAUAGGACAUAAUCCAUUCAUCAUUAAUAUCUUGAAAAAUGAAACAAAUAGAAUUAUUUAUACAGAUUCUCAUUACACUCAAUGGAGAUAAUGUGGAACGAUUAUACUCUCUAUGAUCUGUUGAAUAGUUAAUGAUACAUCAAAUAAUAAAGAUCAUUAUAUCGUGAUCUCAUAAAAAUCACGUUAUUAUAUUUUCGAGCGGGUGUACGAUCGAAUUGUUACGCAAAUAUUAUUUUUCCGAUAAUUCUACAAAGUAAAGCAUCAAUAUUUCUAUAUGUAAUGUCCCUCUAAUCGAUUAUUGAACAAACAUUCAAUUAUAUAUACAUAUAGAGAUCGAGAUGUACUGUGUAAUAUGGAAACGUACAUAUGUGCUUUCUAAACUGGCUAUCAGAAUUCUCUUGAUAGUAUGUAAUAAAAAUAAGGCUGUGUUACAAAAUUGGGCAAAGCAAGAGACAGAAUAUGAUUCUAAACCACAUUUAAAAACAAUUCUCACAUUAUUUUUUAGGAAUAAAGAUUACUUAACUUACUGACAAAUAGAAACAAACUUUAUUCUCUGUUGCUCGUGUUUCUAUUUAAAUAUCAAAUACGGUCUAAUUAUGUUUUCUUGAAAUACGUAUACCAAGUAUCAGGAAAAUAUAAGUAAUACAAUUGCACUUAGCUUAUUAAUUUAUUAAUCUUUUAGUAUAUGAUUAUGGGGAUAAUGUAUACUAAAAAAUUAAGUCUUUAGCUUAUAUGUACAUGUUGUCUAUAUGAAAACUUAUAUAAUCUUUUCUUCACAUAGAUUAUAAACUAUAUAAACUUAAAAAAAAACCCUAUUGUUUUUCAUUAAUGUUUCAUCUUUCUAUAUAAAUUAAAUUAUUAUAUAUAAUAAUUAAAUACAGCAACGCGAAUGAUUUUCAACCUAAAUAAAAUAACAGCAAGAAAAUAUAAAAAUUAUAUGUGUUUUGGGGAAAGAUCUUAUUUUGAAAACAAGAAGAAAAAUGAAUUAUAAGCGUAAAACUGCGUAAAUUAUCUGUCCAAAUAACACACAUGGCGAUACAUAGUUUACAUAGUUUAAAUGUAGAUAUAGACUAUCGAUGUUUAUGCGUAGCUUAUCAGACCAUUAGUUUGAUAACAAUUAACUAGUUCAUUCACUUUAGAAACUGUGCAUUUUAAACAAAUAUACUUCUGUAAUCUGAAACUACUUUUCAAAUCGUAUUGUUUUAUAGAGAAGCUCAGCUAAUAUUGUAUGUACAUGUUGGAUGUGUGAAUGGAAAAAAAUGUCAAAGCAUCACUCGAAAAAAAAAUUCUUCCAUUUACUCAUAUCAUUCAAUAAGCUACGUAAAUAUAUAAUAAACAAAUAUUUAUAUUGAAUUAUAAAAACAGAUGUAUAUCUUAUGAAACUCAAUUAUCCGAAAGUGGUUUACAUCUCAGAUUUGUUUCAUUUAUUAUUAUUUGAGAGAUCAAGUAUUAUUCGAAAGUAUAGAUCGAAAAUAUUUUUUCUUAGGACAGGAAUUGGAUUUUUUAAAUGAAACUAUCAGAUGUUAUAUGACACGAUGUGUAGGAGUGUAAUAAUAACUAUGUAAAGAAGAUAUAAAUCCGUGGAAUGUAUACCAUGGCAAGAUUUAUAGAUCAAUGAUUAAAUUGCAGAACAUUGGAGGAAAAGAAUAUAUUUUUGAUAAAUACAAGAGAAAUAUGGAAAGUGCAAUGAAUAAUGAUUAUUGGCAAAAAAAAUUUGAAUCGAAUUUAUGAUUUGGUAUUGAAUAUAGUAAGAUUAUGUUUCAGAUUGAAUAUUUUUUAUGCGAAUUAAAUGUAUCGCAAUGAAAGGUAUCAUUAAUAGCAGAUUAGACGAAAAAAAAAAAUUGUAGAACAUCGCAUAUCAUACAUUAAAUGCACUAUAUAGUUUAGUUAUAUUAGAUUUGUAAUUGACAAGGCAUUUAUUUAUAUCACAUUUUAAAGCCAAUAUAGAGGAGAAUUAUAGUUGUAAGAUAUUCUUAGCGCGAGAGUGGCUAAGUAGCAAAAUUAUUAUCAAGCUAUCGUGGUUUCAACAUGUGCCUUUCACUCGUAAAUUUGUGUGAAUCAUAAAUGUAAAUAUUAUAUGUUAAUAACAUGUUAAAAAAUAUAUUUGUAUAGAAUGAGAGUGGUUCCUCUAUAUAUAUAUAUAUAUUGCGCAUAUAAAAUAACAAUAUCCGCAAACUCGUAAAGUCGUUGCAUAAGAUUACAUGACGAAUCGAAAUGGCAUAUCAUCAAUUUGCGACGGAUAUAAAUUGUUUUAGGAUUAUAAUAUUCAUGGAUGCGACAAUGUGAAAUACGAGAAAUGUACGCAAAUAUAUUAAGGCAAGCUUUUAUUUUUAACAAUUGAUAUAAUAUGCAAUUUAUUACACAACUAAUUUUCUGCUAUGAUUAUAUAUUUCUCGUAUGCCUUUUGUUAACCAUGUAAAUUUGUGUAUUAUGUUAACUGUGUUUUUUCGGUUUGAAAAUAAAGUUUUACAAUGAUUAUAAAAAAUU